UUGAGGUCAACGCACUUUUUACACUCCAGCAUGGCGGACGAAGCUGAACGAGCGGCGGCGGCUGCAGCGGCAAAUGCUGACACUAGGCGGCUUGGUGCCAAGAAACAAACCCUAGACGAUGCUUACGCCGCCCCAGCAAACUUCCUAGAGAUCGAUGUGCUCAACCCGGAGACACACGGCAUCGCUAAGAAGAGAUACACCGAUUAUGAAGUGCGGAUGAAGACUAACCUGCCUGUUUUCAAGCUGAAGGAAUCCUCGACCAGGCGAAGAUACAGUGACUUUGAGUGGCUCAGGACUGAACUGGAAAGAGACAGCAAGAUCGUGGUCCCUCCCUUACCUGGCAAAGCGCUGAAGAGGCAGCUGCCGUUCAGAGGCGAUGAUGGCAUCUUUGACGAUGAGUUCAUUGAGGAACGACGCCAGGGCCUUGAAUCAUUUGUCAACAAAAUCUCUGGCCACCCACUCGCCCAGAACGAGCGCUGCCUACACAUGUUCCUGCAAGACCCGGUCAUAGACAAAAACUACGUGCCGGGCAAAAUUCGCAACACAUAAGCACACAGAAAACCGUUCCCCUCUCAAAAGCACCCUGAGGCGACAACUCCGCUCCCUGCUUCUUGAGUCUUGUGGAUGUGUUACCCGCAGGUUGUAUCUUAAAAAAAGUUUUUCUUUUAUACCAAGUAUACAUAUAUACCCAUAGAUAAACUUGUUUACAUGGGGUGUUUUCUGUUGAACACCCCGACACUUUGAUUGUUGAAUACUGUGAAUUAGAGAAAAAGUUAGAUUUGGUAAAAGAAAGUACAUUAGACUUUGGGUUGCAACAUGCAACACUUUGUGUUUUAACAGGAAGAGUAGAGUACUUGUUUUAAAAUGCUGCAAGCAGUAUCUAGUACAGAAAAGGGGACAAACAAAAUCAGUUUUCAUGAUACAUUGAUUCGGUUAACCCUAAUCUUCCCCAUUCCUCCAAAAUCCUCUGAAGUGGAGGAUUUUGAAGGAUUGAGGCUGUACAGCAAUAAUGAUCCAGUCGAGUUUGGAGGAUGCAUUGUGCCAAGGUCUUAGGCUGUACCUUGUGUUGUGUAUAUGCUUUGCCGUGCAUAGAAAUAGGCCUAGAUGAUAAUUGAAAUCCUCUGCAAGUGCUUCUGGGUAUCCUCUGCCCUGCCUCAACCCAUUAACAGUGAUUGUUGGAGGAUUGUGCAGCAUUGAGGCGGUGGCCUCCCUCCACUGAACAAAUUCAAGAAAUAACGGUUGCUUUUGAAGGAAUGAGGCUGUAUUCCAUUUUUACCAUUGAGGCAGUGGAUGAUUUUGAAGGAUUGAGGCAUCCUAGCAAAGAGGCCUGUCUGUAAGCACUGACCCAGAUCCGUCAAAAUCCACUUGGAAAUGUUUCAGGAUUUUGCAGGAUUGUCAGGAAGUUAGAUCCAGUCUGCAUCAUUGGGAUUUGAGGCCCCUUAAUCAGUUCACAUCAGAUGACGGAUAAACACGCUAUGAGCGAGGCUGGAAAUAUCUGUCAGUGACCCGCUCGCAGCGAGCGAGGCCGGAAAUAUCAGGGUGUGCUCCCCGCAGAUGACGGUCUGAACCCGUCUUACAUACAUGUAGAGGUUCGUGAAAAACAAUCCCGCGGCUGGGUCCGGUCGAUGUCAAAAUAAUCCCGGCGUAAACUGGUUAAGAAGUACAGAAAAGUGCCAUUAGAUUACUACACAGUGAGGGAUUUGGGGAUCCAAAAGUCCACCCCCCCC